GGACAGUGUGCAUCACGGAGCUUGUGGCCCAGACUGUGCCUGGCAGACCCAGAGGACCUAAGGCUUGGCUCUAGUGGUGGUCAGCACAGCCCUCGGUGGUCUGCGGAGCCUGAUAUUGCUUUACGUAAGGGCUGUUCUGCUGUGCAUCUCCUGUGUCUGAAGCUAUUCGCCAUGGAGACUGCUGGAGCUCCCUUCUGCUUCCAUGUGGACUCCCUGGUACCUUGCUCCUACUGGAAGGUUAUGGGGCCCACGCGUGUUCCCAGGAGAACGGUGCUCUUCCAGAGGGAAAGGACGGGCCUGACCUACCGUGUGCCUGCGUUACUCUGUGUGCCUCCCAGGCCUACUCUGCUGGCCUUCGCGGAACAGCGACUUAGCCCUGAUGACUCCCAUGCCCACCGCCUGGUGCUACGGAGGGGCACGCUGACCAGGGGCUCAGUGCGGUGGGGCACUCUGAGUGUACUGGAGACUGCAGUACUGGAGGAGCACAGGUCUAUGAACCCUUGCCCGGUGCUGGAUGAGCACUCUGGUACCAUCUUCCUCUUCUUCAUUGCCGUGCUGGGCCACACACCGGAGGCCGUGCAAAUCGCCACUGGCAAGAACGCUGCUCGCCUCUGCUGUGUGACCAGCUGUGACGCUGGCCUCACCUGGGGCAGUGUUCGAGAUCUCACUGAGGAAGCCAUUGGUGCUGCAUUGCAGGACUGGGCCACCUUUGCUGUGGGUCCGGGCCAUGGAGUUCAGCUGCGCUCGGGUCGCCUGCUUGUUCCUGCUUACACCUAUCAUGUGGACCGACGGGAAUGUUUUGGCAAGAUCUGCUGGACCAGUCCCCACUCCUUGGCAUUCUACAGUGAUGAUCAUGGGAUCUCCUGGCAUUGUGGAGGCCUUGUGCCCAACCUACGCUCUGGAGAGUGCCAACUGGCUGCGGUAGAUGGAGACUUUCUCUACUGUAAUGCUCGAAGCCCUCUGGGUAACCGUGUGCAGGCACUGAGUGCUGAUGAAGGCACGUCCUUCCUACCAGGGGAGCUGGUGCCUACAUUGGCAGAGACGGCUCGUGGUUGCCAGGGUAGCAUUGUGGGCUUCCUAGCUCCACCCUCAAUCGAGCCUCAGGAUGACCGGUGGACAGGGAGUCCUAGGAACACCCCACAUUCCCCAUGCUUCAAUCUCAGAGUACAGGAGUCUUCGGGGGAAGGUGCCAGAGGUCUUCUUGAACGUUGGAUGCCCAGGUUGCCUCUCUGCUACCCACAGUCCCGGAGCCCAGAGAAUCAUGGCCUAGAGCCUGGGUCAGAUGGAGAUAAGACAUCCUGGACUCCGGAAUGUCCUAUGUCCUCUGAUUCCAUGCUUCAGAGCCCCACAUGGCUACUAUAUUCCCACCCAGCAGGGCGUAGAGCUCGGCUCCACAUGGGAAUCUACCUGAGCCGAUCCCCCUUGGAUCCCCACAGCUGGACAGAGCCCUGGGUGAUCUAUGAGGGCCCCAGUGGCUACUCUGACCUUGCCUUUCUUGGGCCUAUGCCUGGGGCAUCCCUGGUUUUUGCCUGUCUGUUUGAGAGCGGGACCAGGACUUCCUAUGAAGACAUUUCUUUUUGCUUGUUCUCACUGGCGGAUGUCCUGGAGAAUGUGCCCACUGGCUUAGAGAUGCUAAGUCUCAGGGAUAAGGCUCAGGGGCAUUGCUGGCCCUCUUGAUGGCCUCACCCUCUCGUAGCCGCCUGGAGAGGAAGGGUAGACUAUAUAGAGGAGGUUAGGGGUAGGUCAGCAUGAUGCUAGGAUGGAGAGAGCUCUGUCCCCUCGUGGAUGGUGGUGGUGACUCACCCGGGGGGCCAGCUGCUUUCUGAGUGCAAAUGAGAAAAAUAAAGAGCUGCGCUGUGACUUUUCUUUCCACAUCAAAGCUUGGGUGUCAGUGCUUUAGCUUGAUGCUCUGAUCACCAUGCAAAUCUUCCACCGGCGCCUUGCUCAGCUUUCAUAUCCCAAGGGUGCCUGGGAGGAAGGCAACAGGGACAGUGGACAUCACUGCACCACUUUCCACGACCCUGUGUGCCAACCUCAGCCACUUUGAAACAUGCUGAUGACUGAGGUCUGUUCACUUUCUUAAUUUCAAGCAGGAGAAGCAGGUUGGGGAGCCAGCCUCCCCAGCUAGAGGGGACAGAACUUGACUUGAGCAGGGGGGUACCUCCUAGGACCUGCUCCAUGUGCCUACUUCUUUACCCUUCUCUAGAGAGGGCUCUUGUCCUGUCAGAGCUGUUUUCUCCCUUCUCUUGUUUUUUCUUUUUCAAGACUGUUUCUCUGUGUUAGCCCUGGCUGUCCUGGAUCUCACUCUGUAGAUCAGGCUGACCUUGAGUUCAAAGCUCCAUCUGCCUCUACUUCUCACAUUACUGUGAUUAAAGGCAUAUACUACCACUGCCUGGUGCCCUUUUGUAUUUCUUAUUAAAGUCCUAAUGUCUGAUUAUAAAAACAGUCUGUGUGGGCUGGAGUGAUGGCUUACUCAGUAAAGCACUUGCCAUGGAAUCUGGGCAAUCUGAGUUUCAUUUUUAGCAUCCUGUAAAAAUCCCAAUUUGAUGGUGUACUUGUAAUGUCAGCAUGGAGAGGCAGAGAUAGGUAAGUUCCCCAAGACUCUUUGAACCGACAGCUUGGCCUCACUGGCACAUUCCAGGUCUCAGUGAGAGACCCUGCCUCAAAAUACAAAGAAAGAGCUGCUGAAGAGUGGGUCAGAGUUGACCUCUGAUCUCCGGAAGUAUAUGAUACACACCCGUGCAUGCACUCUUCCUUACAAAAUAAAAAGCAAAACAAAACCCCAACAGGUAUAUGGCCAUUUUAGAAAAAUUAGAAGAUUUAGAAAGCUAUACAUAAAAAAAAAUGACCUAAAGAAAAAUCUUUACUGUUCUGGGCACUAUCCCUAUCAAACCACUGUGUUCUUUGGCCAAGCCUUGGGGUGGACACUGUUUUGAGGUGGGUCCUGUUAUCUCCACUAGGUAGUGGAGUUUUGUGUCAGACUAACUGGGUCUUAAAGCUGUCUUUAAGGCCAUCAGGAGCUACUGACUUGCCUGCCUCAGCAGAGCAUAUCCUGAAGGUCGGGGUUAAGUCUCCUUCCCGAGCGAGUUGCCUUCCAGUGGGCCCCUGGACUCCUAGGUCCUCAGCGCUCAUCAGCUGCCAAGGACUCUGAGGGAAUGUCCUCUGACUGUGGCCCCGAAAGGUAGGGGAGGGGGAUGUGCUUAGGCUUAGGACAGGGUCCUGUUUCAGUCUGCCUUCACUGUUAGUAGCACUGUGCCACAUGGCACAGACUGGGCGAGCUUUAAAGGAAGGAGGUUGAUAUUGGUUCCCACUUCUGGGGAUCAUGGUUGAGCAGCCUUGUCUGAUGAUGGUUGUCUUGAUGGUAGAUCGUGAGGUAGUUGAUGAAGGUAUGACAUGGUGAGAAACUCUGUGUGUGUGUGUUAUUUUCUCUGUGUUCUACCUAUACAUCUAUCUAUGUAUAUAUGUAUCUAUCUAUCUACCUGGAGGCUGGAGAGAUAGCUUAGUGGUUAAGAACAUUUGUUGUUCUUGCAUAGUCCUGGAUUUAAAUUUUCAGCACCCACAUGGCAGCUCACAACAACCCAUAAAUCCAGUUUCAGAGGAUCCAACCUCUGAUAUACCAUGUCAGCCAGAGCAGACACGGCUGAAGGUGGUUUGAUCCCCGUAUGGAGAGGUGACAAUUGGGAAGAGAGAAAGAUCAACUUAACCAUGCAAGGAACAGGAAGUUAAAUACUGAACAGGGAAGGUAAAGGCAGGAAGUAGAUGUAGAGGGCAAAUCAAUGAAACCCAAACAUACCCAAAUUACGCUAAACACACACUGACAUGCCAAUUAAAAGGACAAAUUGGCUCCACUGGCAAAACCAAAACAGACACUGAAGAUCCAAACAGUCACAUGCCAACUACCGCGGAGGGAGACAGACACAGAGAAGACCGUGACAGACACUUGGACACUCUUGAGAGUGGAUGUGCAGGAAGAGAGCUCUGCCAGUGGAGAAGAAAGCACUCAGAAGAAAGUGACAGCAGCUGUAAAUUUGUAUUCUGCUAAUGUUAUGUUCCAAAGUUGAAAGCAAAAUUGUACCAAUUCAUAAGAACAAACAGGCUGACUCUCAGUUGUGACUGAACGUCUCUCAGUAACUGACGGGGCGAGCAGGCCAAAGGAGAGUCGGCUCAGAAGGGUGCAUAGCCACGCCAAAUCAAAUAAGCAAGUACAACCGGCAGGCUCUAUUUCUAGCACAAAGGGGUCUGUGCCUCAUUCUGUGCUUGGGUCAGAGCUUGGGUCUCUCAUUUGGAUGUAAGUGGUGUAGUGGAGAAGCAGGAAAUAAUCCGGAGCGCAUAUUUUGAUUUUAACAUAAGUGCUGAUUUGGGAGGGAGUUUUGUCAAAUUGUGUUUUUACAAUGUUUUUUUUUUUUUAAAUGAUGCUUUUUUGUAAAGUGUACAAAUGUGAUAUAAGAUUGGUUCUGCUACAUUCAGUUUCUAUAAAAGUGGUUCUAAAAUAUUGUACUGUCAAUCAUCUCAUGAUUAUUCUACUGUACACAUUACUGACUUUGUAUGUAAUAAUUAAUAUUAGAAGAAAAUAUAAUUUAUUUGAAUAUAAAAAA